AUGUCGACUAAUACAGAUGACUUAAAAAAAAGAAAAGCCGAAGAAGAUUCUUCAUUGUCAUCAGAUGUUAAUAAGAAAAUUAAAGAAGACGAAAGUGAAAAUGAAAGUGAGAAAGAAGACACCAAUAAAAUCGAUGAUAAAAACUUACCUUUACCAAUGCGUUUAAAGGCAUUAAAAGCAAGUAAAAAAGUUUUAAGUGAUCCAAUUUGUACAUCGGGAAAUGGUUUAAUUUUCACAUUUGGUAAUGGAAGGGAAAAGCAAGCUUCAAAAGACAUAAAUAAAGUAUUGGAUGAAUAUAUCGACAAAUUCAAAGAUAUUGCAGCUGAAACUAAAAAGAAGGCAAAUAGCGAUGAUUUCGAUUUCGAUUCAGCUUUUCAAGCAGAGUUACAACAAAUUAAAGAAUCCAGCGGUUCAAAAUCAAAAUAUGUUAAAUAUACAUUAAAAUGUAAUGGUGUAGCAUACAUGUCAUUAAAUAGCGGAAUUAAUCCAAUUGAAUUAACCUCAAAAAUUUUCAAAGAUGCUCAAGAUACUAAAGCCUUAAAAUCAAAAGAAAUUAAUAGAAUCAUACCAAUUCAAAAAACAUGUCAUUUAUCAAAUAUUUUUGAAGAAACUCAAUCAUUAGUUAAUCAAUAUUUUAAUGUGGAUAAUAAAGUUUAUAAAUAUAAAAUAGAAUUUAAAUCAAGAAUGAAUAAUAAAAUCAACAAGGUUGAAUAUAUUCAAGAACUCGCAAAAUUAGUCGACCCUAAGCAUAUAGUGGAUUUAGAUAAUCCUGAAUUAACUAUAAUAGUUGAAAUUGUUAAUUUUUAUUGUUUCCUUUCGAUUGUUUCAAAUUAUAAUCAAUGCAAAAGAUUUAAUUUAAUACUUUUAGCUGGAUUGCCCGCUUCAAAUGAACCAAAAAAAAAUAAAAAAGUCAAUGAAUCAAAAGAAACAGAAUCAACAACAGAACCAACAAUAAACGAAUCAAAAGAAUAA